AUGGUUAAAGAUCUGCAAUUAAAGAAUUUUUUAAAUAAUUUGAAUACCAACCAUGAAAAUCAUAUACAUAUUGAUGGCUCAUUGUGGACUCCAAAGGCACAUUAUUAUAUUUGUAGUGAUCAUUUUAUUGGAGGCCAAAAGUCUGACAUAGAAUCGAGUCCCAGCUACAUUCCUACUAAAUUUCCUACAGUUUAUAAAUCUAAAAAAGUUAAUGAGUUAAUGGUCACGAAUAGAUUUAAGCGCUUAAUGGACCGCCGGCAGAACAAAAAUGCAUCUUCAGCACUCAAUCCUGAGCCUGAAGUUAAUGAAUUGCAAGAAAUGAUUACUGAAGAUCCGCCGACAAGACUCAAACAGAAAUUAUCGACGAUACUAUAG